AUGGAGAACACGCAUCACUUCGGUAGCGGUUUUGCAGUUCAUAGGAUAUUAGUACCGUACAUUAAAGAAUAUAAUCCAGUAUCCGAACGGAUAUCGACAUUAACCAUCAACACUAGCCCAAUUAAUAUUUGUUUAAUAAAUGGUCAUGCACCAACAGAAGUAAAAGAUGACAAUGCGAAAGACAUCUUCUACGACGAACUGACUAAAACAUAUGAGAGUAUCACUGGGAACGUGAUAAAGAUUGUAUUAGGUGACUUCAAUACAAAAUGUGGACACGGGAACCACAGUACUUCCCUUGUAUAGGGAAGGAAAGUUUGCAUAGUAACAGCAACGACAAUGGUCAACGAUUGAUAGCGUUUGCAAUAUCAAAUGGGUUGACUGUUAGUAGUACCACGUUCCCACAUAAAAAUAUUCAUAAAGUCACGUGGAGAUCACCGGAUGCCAAAACCCUGAACCAAAUAGAUCACGUCCUCAUACAAACUAGAUAUCGUAGUACCAUUCACGACGUAAGAAGUCAUAGAGGUACCGAAUGUGACACGGAUCACUACUUGGUGAUCGCCAAACGUAGAUCAAAGCUAAAAAGCCAAUCGAGAUUAAAACAAGGCAAAAGAGCUAAAUUGAACCUAGAGUUACUUAAAGAUGAAAACGUCAGAAAAAACUAUGAAAACGAAGUCAUGAAGAAUCUUAAAGAGAAUAAUGUACAAAUGGACGUAGACCUGGAUUGGGAAAAAGUGAGUAAUGCUGUCAAAAAAGCAGCGGCCACUAGCAUUGGUGAGCUAAAGAGGUCAAAAAAUACAUUGUAUAAUGAUGUAUGUAGAAUUGCUGUAGACAAACGCCGUAAAGCGAGAGAUGACUUUAUUAAGCACAACUCUCAAAUAACUAAAGAAGUUUUCAUCCGAGAACGUAAAAUCUGCAAAGACACCCUUCAAAGGGAAAAAAUAAAAUUCUUUAGCAACACACUUCAAAUCGCAGAGAAGGACCAUACACAAGGGAGAACUAGAAGUUUUUUUAGAGUCGUUAAACAGUAUAAGCAAUUCAACCCUAUAUGGAUUGCAAUCAGAGACCAAGACGGACAAAUGUUAAUGGAGCUAGAGUCAAGAGCUGAGAGAUGGAAAGGAUAUUUUGAAGAACUACUAAAUGGUAGGAUGUCAGUCCAGCCCGUAUCACAUACCGAAAAUGAAAGAGCGGAGCCUUACGUAGAAGAUAUUAGUCUAAAAGAAGUAACAAUUGCAAUAAGUGGCCUAAAGAAUUGGAAAGCACCUGGUAUCGAUGAUUUUCCAACAGAACUCAUAAAAUAUGGAGGUAAGGAGUUACAUGUAGUAAUCCACAGACUGUGCCAGCUAAUAUAGAUGAAAGAACGGCUACCGGAUGGCUGGAAUUUAAACCU